UGUGAAUGUGAGUGUGGUAAAUGGUGUCCAACUUACUGGCGCGUGUAGUUUUUAAUGAAAACGCAGAUUUUAAAAGCGCUCGUUUUUAUUUUUGCAGCUCUCCUGAGGUGUGUGUUCACCACUUGUCAUGGCUCACCGUUUGUUUGAAGGCAAAGAGCAUGCGUCCUCUUAUCGGAAGUACAGGAUUGCUCCAUCGGAUCACCUGAUUGAGCAUGUGAUCGACUUUGCGGGAAAACAGAAAGGUGGUCCGUUAGAGCUUGCAGUGGACGUGGGCUGUGGGUCAGGUCAAGGUACCGUGCAGCUGGCCAAACACUUUGCUUCUGUGGUGGGAACGGAUAUUAGCCCUGCCCAGAUACAGGAGGCUUUGGAGCAUGCUAAAGAGCCAAACAUUACAUAUAGGCAGUGUGUGGCCGAGGAGCUGCCGUUUGCCGACGGCUCGGUGGACCUGAUAACUGCCAUGUCUGCCUUCCACUGGUUUGACAGGCCACGCUUUCUUCAGGAGGCCCAUCGGGUCCUGAAGCCUCACGGCUGCUUGGCUCUGCUCAACUACACCGUCGAGAUGGAUCUCAGCUACCCCGGUUGCUGCUUGCAGUCACUGAACCAAGUCUGCAAAGAGUUUUACGCAGCAUUACAUCCUUACCGCAGUCCUCACCUUGGUGCCAGUUCUAUUGAGCUGUACCGGGAAGCCUACACAUCCAUCCCUUAUGCUAACAAGGAGUGGUAA